AUGGAUAUUCAUCAAGAAGAUGAAUUUGACUUCUUAGAAUGUGCAAUAUGUCUGUCAACAAUGUCAGAUAUAGUUACACCCUUCUCUAUGAAUAGUAAAGAAGGGAAUAAAGCGUGUAAACAUGGAUUUUGUUUUGUAUGUCUUGCACCAUACUUUAAAUUACAACAAAACAAGAUAGCAGAACAUAAAGGUGGUACUGGUACAAUUGAUUGUCCAGUGUGUAGAGAACCAUUUGAUGGAUUUAUAGUCAACAGUAUAUCAAAUAGACUAUUUGAAACUUCAAAGAAAUACUUUUCUGCUACUAAAAUGUUAAAGAAUGAAUUGGCAUUACAAAAAACAGAAUAUAAUAAACAAAUAGAGGAAUUGGAAAAGAAGGAGAGUGAUUCAAGUGAAUAUGUUGAAAAAAUACAAAAAAACAGCAAGAGUGGAGAAAAGAUCAGCGAUCUCGAAGGCGCCUUGUCAUGCGUCAAGGUGGAACAGUGUAAAUUGGAAAACCAAAUAGAGACAUUGUGCAAAAAGAAUAGAAUGCUCGAAAAAGAGAUUGAAGAGUUGCAUCAAAAGAAUGCAAUGUCGGUGGGUGGCAGUCUCAGCAGUUUGUCCAAUCUCACCGACACUUAUUUCGAAAAGUUGAAAAAGACAAACUUUUCAUCAUUGAUUGCUGGUGUGACUGGUGGUGGUAGUCCGGGCAAGACAAACAGCGAGUUUAUUGCCUCGUUUAAGGAGCUCAAUGUUGGUGAGCAACGCGGUAGCAGCAAGAACAGUAUUGUCAAAAAGGUGGCUGUUCCCAAGGUCGGUCCGGCUGCCCUCAAACAGAUCAAAUAUCAAGUGGCAACUGGAUUGGCCUAUUAUAGCACAUACUAUGGAGGUGGAGUGGCAGUAGAGCAGGAUAUACGUGCAUUCCGCGAGUCAAUGUUACUGCACCGCAUGAACCACGCCAACAUUGUCAAGUUGUCCAAGAUAACAAAAGAUGACAGUGGACGCUUCUAUUCAAUCAUCACGCCAUUUGUCGAGUAUGAUCUCGACUAUGUACUCGCAAGUAAGCGUGCAAAAUCGCGUAUUGUACCAGCUGUCGAGCUCAAGUUUGUUGCAUACCAACUGCUGUCCGCCAUCUCAUACAUGCAUGCGCAAGAGGUUGUUCAUCGCGAUAUCCGUCCAACCAGUAUCCUCGUCUACGAGGACUACCAAAUCAGACUGUGCAGCUUUUCAUUAGCCUGUUCAGUCCUCAUUGAUGGUACAAACAACAACAACAACUCAUUAAACAACAGCAAUAAUGGAGGAGGUAGUACUGGUGGUAGUGGUGGAACAUCUGAAGAGUAUAGUGGUGACGAAUUUGUAAAUAUAACACCAUCAACCAAUAAUAGUGGAUAUAAAAAUGGUAUCAUUAUCCCACCCUAUAACAAUUACUCACCACCCGAGAUACUUCUUACUAGCGGUGUCGUACAAACCAGGUCAAUCGAUUGGAAGGCCGUCGACUUGUGGUCGGUUGGUUGUGUCCUCGCCGAAAUGGCCCUUUCUAUCAGUCAAUCAACGCAAACUGCACUCUUUACGGGAAUGGAUCGCAACAACCUACUCAAACAAAUCUGCAAUCUCAAAGAGUGUUGUCCUGCCAACUUUUUUGCCUCUCAAAAGAUUGGUAUGCAGGUCAACCCCACCAAAUCACUUGGUGUCGAACUGCAACCACAGACUGCUCUCUCGCCGAGCAAAUCACAAUCGGCUUCAGAAACAGUCACCCGCGACUAUAUCGACCUUGUCACCAGACUCUUAAAAUUUGACCCCAACCAAAGAAUAUCUGCUCACGAUGCUCUUCAACAUCGAUUCUUUGUCAAUGAAUCCUACUUUAACAAUCAUCCACCUUCUUUUGAUGAUAUAGCUUCAAGUUUAACUGAUCGUAAUAUUAAUGAAUUUAUUAAAGAAAAAGGAAUUCUCUAA